AUGCGUGUGUUGGUUUCCAAUAUUAGACCAUUCCUACCUUCCACUGUCCGGUCGUGUGUUUUGCAAUCAGCUACGAAACAGCAACUGUCCUUGACAAGAUGCUCCUCCACUCGAGCCCAAGAUACAAGUGCAUCCAACCCGCAAUUAUCUUUCCCCUGCUUGGACAAGCGGGAGAAAAAGACUGAAGAGUUGUCCCGAGGUGUUUUCAGCCUGUCGGGACCUUCCUCAAGUUUGAAGUCAGGUCCUGAGCCAAGCUAUGGGUUUGUACGAACCGGUUUCCAAACUUACAAGUCGAGAAAACCAAUAUUUCUUGAUUACGGGGGACACCUACCCGAAUAUGAAAUUGCAUAUGAAACGUGGGGUAAGCUUAAUGAAGAGAAGUCGAAUUUGGUAUUGAUCCAUACUGGUCUCUCUGCAUCGAGUCACGCCAAAUCGCAACCAAAUAACACCAAACCUGGAUGGUGGGAGAACUUUAUUGGACCGGGAAAGUUUAUUGAUACCGACAAAUUCUUUGUUGUAUGUACAAAUGUUCUUGGUGGAUGCUACGGAUCAACUGGUCCGUCCUCAAUAGAUCCGGCGAACAAUGAGCGAUAUGCCACGCGAUUCCCAAUCUUAUCAGUUAAUGAUAUGGUGAGGGCCCAAAGAGAGUUAGUCAGAGACGAGUUUGGAGUAUCAAAAGUACACGCUUCAGUUGGUGCAUCAAUGGGAGGAAUGCAGAGUUUAGCAUACGGGUGGGAGUUUCCCGAAGAAGUUGGCAAAAUAAUUAGCAUCAGUGGUUGCGCCCGCUCCCACCCCUAUUCGAUAGCCUUGAGACACACUCAAAGACAGGUUCUCAUGAGUGAUCCGAAUUGGAAUCGUGGGUUCUAUUAUGAUAAUAUCCCACCGCAUGUGGGUAUGAAGUUGGCUAGAGAAAUUGCGACAGUAACGUACAGAUCUGGCCCUGAGUGGGAGUACAGAUUUGGCAGAGCAAGGGCUGAUGAUUCGCGUCCUCCAGCUUUGUGUCCUGACUUUCUUGUGGAGACGUAUUUGGAUCAUGCUGGAGAAAAAUUUUGCUUAGAAUACGAUGCAAAUUCGUGGUUGUACGUUUCCAAGGCAAUGGACUUGUUUGAUUUGGGCGAAAGCACAAGGUCGAGAGCCCUUGAGGAAAGGCAAAGAAGCGAGCAAGAAUACAAAUCCUCUGCAGGACUGACUGAAGAGUAUGAAGUUGUUCCCAAGGAACCGUAUAAGGAGAAAAAAACCACGUCAAAGUUUACCGUUGAGGAGUCCAUAGAGGAUUUGAAAAGAGGGAUGCAGAAACGAUUGGCAAACAAGGAUGUGCUAGUUAUUGGAGUCGAAUCAGACAUUCUUUUCCCCGUUUGGCAACAACGUGAAAUUGCGAAUGUAUUAAGAGAGAAUAAAGAAAACAAAACAGGCCAGAUUGAAUAUUUCGAACUAGGGAACGAUAUAAGUAAUUAUGGCCACGACACAUUCUUGUUGAGUCUUGAGGAUAUUGGAAAACCAGUUAAAAAGUUUUUAGAAGCGUCAAUAGAUAAUUGA